UGGCUCACCAGUGUCGGGCUAGCAGAGGGGCCCCGUACAGUGCAACCAGCCUGUUCGCGUCUAGUGCGCGCAGCAUCUCUCGCGUUACAUCUGCCGACGACGAACGAACGACCACCAAACAAACACCCUUUUCGUUUUUUUGCUCUCAUUUUUCGCGUUAUCAUCCACCCCGGGGGGACGGGGACAGUACGUACCACCAAACAAACGAUAGGACAACCGGGGAGUAACGUAGCCACUACCUACCACAACAACCAUGAUACAAACGGACGGCUAUAACAGCAUCGACCCCUUCGUGGACGGCUACAUGGAACAGGAGGAGGAGUGGGAAAGGGAAGGCUUAUUGGACCCUGCCUGGGAGAAACAACAGAAAAAGACAUUCACGGCAUGGUGUAACAGUCAUCUGCGUAAGGCUGGCACUGGCAUCGAAAACAUCGACGAAGACUUCAGAAAUGGGCUGAAAUUGAUGCUGCUGCUGGAAGUGAUAUCUGGGGAAACGUUGCCCAAGCCAGACAGAGGAAAGAUGCGUUUCCACAAGAUCGCCAACGUAAACAAAGCGCUAGAUUUCAUUGCCAGCAAGGGCGUCAAAUUGGUAUCCAUCGGUGCUGAAGAAAUUGUCGACGGCAACCUGAAGAUGACAUUGGGUAUGAUCUGGACCAUUAUCCUGCGAUUCGCCAUCCAGGAUAUUUCCGUAGAAGAGAUGACAGCCAAGGAGGGUCUGUUGCUUUGGUGUCAAAGGAAAACCGCGCCUUACAAAAACGUCAACGUCCAAAACUUCCACUUGUCGUUCAAGGAUGGUUUGGCGUUCUGCGCCCUUAUACAUCGUCAUCGUCCAGAUUUGAUCGACUACAGCAAACUGAGCAAGGACAAUCCUUGGGAGAAUUUGAACACUGCCUUCGACGUGGCCGAGAAGUACUUGGACAUUCCAAGGAUGUUAGAUCCUGACGACUUACAGAACACAGCAAUGCCUGACGAACGAGCAGUUAUGACGUACGUCUCGUCUUACUACCACUGUUUUUCUGGCGCUCAAAAGGCCGAGACAGCUGCUAACAGAAUCUGCAAGGUCCUCAAAGUCAACCAAGAAAAUGAACGUCUCAUGGAAGAAUACGAACGCCUCGCCAGUGACCUUCUGGAAUGGAUCCGACGCACGAUGCCCUGGCUGAACUCUAGGCAAUCCGACAAUUCCUUGGCGGGAGUACAGAAGAAACUGGAGGAGUACAGGACGUAUCGCCGCAAACACAAGCCUCCGCGCGUGGAACAGAAGGCCAAACUGGAGACCAACUUCAACACGCUUCAGACCAAACUGCGUCUUUCCAACAGACCAGCCUACAUGCCUACUGAAGGCAAAAUGGUUUCUGACAUCGCCAAUGCUUGGAAAGGUCUGGAAGGUGCCGAGAAAGCGUUUGAAGAGUGGCUGUUAUCGGAAAUGAUGCGUCUGGAACGGCUGGAGCACUUGGCAGAGAAGUUCAGACGUAAGGCCGAUGCCCACGAAGAAUGGACCCGCGGCAAGGAAGAGAUGCUCCAGAGCCAGGACUUCCGUAACUGCAGGCUGAACGAGCUGAAAGCUUUGAAGAAGAAACACGAGGCGUUUGAAAGCGACUUGGCUGCUCAUCAGGACAGAGUAGAACAAAUUGCCGCCAUUGCUCAAGAGCUCAACACCUUAGAUUACCAUGACAGUGUUAGCGUCAACGCUCGUUGUCAACGCAUUUGCGACCAAUGGGACCGUCUUGGCGCUUUGACGCAGCGUCGCAGACAGGCCCUCGACGACGCAGAACGCAUCAUGGAGAAAAUCGACAUUUUGCACUUGGAGUUCGCCAAGAGAGCUGCUCCGUUCAAUAACUGGUUGGACGGUACCAGGGAGGAUCUGGUCGAUAUCUUCAUCGUUCACACUGUCGAGGAAAUUCAAGGCCUUAUUGACGCUCAUUCUCACUUCAAGGCAACUUUAGGAGAGGCUGACAAGGAAUACCAGAGCAUCGUCGGACUAGUAAGAGAAGUAGAAGCCAUCGUUAAACAACACCAAAUUCCUGGAGGUCUGGAGAACCCGUACACCACCCUCACUGCUCACGACUUGACAAGAAAAUGGGGCGAAGUCAGGACCCUGGUACCUCAGAGAGACGCAACAUUACAGGCUGAACUCAGAAAACAACAGAAUAACGAAAUGCUCAGAAGACAGUUCGCUGAAAAAGCUAAUGCUGUAGGACCAUGGAUCGAACGUCAGCUGGAUGCUGUAACAGCGAUCGGUAUGGGAUUGCACGGUACUUUGGAAGAUCAAUUACACAGACUUAAGGAAUAUGAACAGGGCGUCUAUGCUUACAAACCCCAUAUUGAAGAAUUGGAGAAGAUUCACCAGGCUGUACAAGAGAGCAUGAUCUUUGAAAACAGGUACACUCAAUAUACCAUGGAAACCCUACGCGUAGGCUGGGAACAACUCUUGACUUCAAUCAACCGCAACAUCAACGAAGUAGAAAACCAGAUUUUGACAAGAGACUCGAAAGGCAUCACCCAAGAACAGCUCAACGAAUUUAGGUCGUCGUUCAAUCACUUUGACAAAAACAGAACAGGUCGUUUGGCUCCAGAGGAAUUCAAAUCGUGCUUAGUUUCUUUAGGCUACUCCAUCGGCAAAGACAGACAGGGCGAAAUAGACUUCCAGCGCAUCCUUGCGGUGGUGGACCCCAACAACACUGGAUUUGUGCACUUCGAUGCAUUCCUCGACUUCAUGACGAGAGAAAGCACCGACACAGACACCGCCGAACAAGUGAUCGACAGUUUCCGUAUUCUAGCCGCUGACAAGCCUUACAUUCUUCCUGAUGAACUGAGAAGGGAACUGCCACCAGACCAAGCCGAGUACUGCAUCCAGCGCAUGCCACCCUACAAGGGACCCAACGGCGUACCCGGAGCCCUCGAUUACAUGUCGUUCUCCACAGCCCUCUAUGGAGAGUCCGACUUGUGAACGUACCAAAAACCAAAUCAUCAUCGUUUUUAAGUCGAGUGGGUGUUUGUUUUCUUUAGCUGUAAGUUCAUUAAUUAAAUGAGGCGUCAAUCGAAAUAUCUCCCCUCCAUCUAUAUCACUUUAUAUCAUUGAUAUUUGUCAUGUUUUCGACAGCUGCUUUCCAUCGAUAACUACUAAAGAUCACCACUCAGAUCAUCAGAAUGGAAGGCAGCUGAUUUUUUCCUAACUCAAGUAGAGCUAAUCGAAUAUAUUUCUUUUUUUUGUUAAUUAAAGGAACAGUGUAGUGUGCCAAAAAAUAUAUAAGUAUAUGUUACAUAUCGACGGAAAAAUGUAAAGCACAUGUCAAGGUGUAUUUGUGCCAUUGAAAUUGACUGAAAAUCAGAAGAAAAACUUAUGCCCAACACAACA